CUUGAUAUUUUUAAAAAUAAUAAAUUAACUAUAUUUAAAGACAGGUAGUUGGCGGUAAACGACUACCUACCUAUUCAGUUGCAAUGAUUCUAAGGCAGUGUUUGGCAAAACUACUAAGACCUCUCCUGCAUUUCAAGAUUCCAUUAAACACCCAUUACUGUUCUCAUUCAUUUGCCAUAGAUUUUGAAGUUGAAACUAGAAAUGAUUCAUUUAAACUAUCACAUUUUCGGGACGCACAUCAACUGUUCGAUGAAAUGCCGCAAAGAGUUUCUGUGAACAAUCACUUGCUUUUUGAGUAUUCUCGGAAUGGUUUCAAUGAAGAAGCAUUAAAUCUGUUUGUGGGUAUUCAUCGUAAUGGGUUUUCGAUUGAUGGGUGUAGUGUUUCUUGCAUAUUGAAGGUCUCUGGAUGCUUAUUGAAUUUGAUUUUUGGUAAACAAGUGCAUGCUUUGUGUGUUAAGUGUGGUUAUUUUGAUAAUGUUAGUGUUGGGACAUCACUUGUUGAUAUAUAUAUGAAAACGGGGAAUGUUGAUGAAGGUGAGAAAAUGUUUGAUGAAAUGGGGGACAAGAAUGUUGUGACUUGGACUACGUUGAUUUCGGGUUAUUCGUGUAAUAAGAUGGUUGAUAGAGCGCUAGAUGUGUUUAAAGUAAUGUUGGUUGAAGGAGUUAAGGGCCAUGCGUUUACUUUUGCGACUGUUCUUGGAGUUUUGGCAUAUGAAUGUGGAGUUGAAAGAGGGAUGCAGGUGCAUAGUAUGGUUGUUAAGUGUGGUUUUGAGGGGAUAGCGUCUGUGGGAAAUUCGUUGAUGAAUAUGUAUUUGAAGUCCGGGAUGGUUAGAGAGGCGACAGCCGUGUUUGAAGGUAUGGGAGAUAGGAAUGAAGUAUCUUGGAAUGGGAUGAUAGCUGGUCUGGUGGCGAAUGGGCUUUAUUAUGAAGCGCUUAAGUUGUUUCACAUGAUGAGACUUGAUGGUGUGGAAUUGACGCAAUCAAUGUAUGUUACAGCUGUUAAAUUGUGUACUAACCUUAAAGAACUGGUAUUUGCUAGGCAGCUUCAUGGUCGAGUUAUGAAGAACGGUUUCUAUUUAGACAAUAAUAUCAGAACGGCGCUCAUGGUCUGUUACACUAAGCGUGGGGAGAUAGAUGACGGGUUCAAGUUAUUCUCUGUAAUGUAUAAAUUCAGGAAUGUGGUUUCUUGGACCGCGAUGAUUAGAGGGUAUAUGCAGAAUAAUAGACCAGAGCAAGCAGCGGAUCUCUUUUGUCAAAUGAAAAAAGAUGGCGUAAGACCAAAUGAUUUCACUUAUUCAACUGUUCUUGCAGCUCAUCCUUCUAUAUCUUUAUUCCAAGUACAUGCAGAAAUCAUCAAAACCAAGUAUCAGGGCGCGCCUACAGUAGGAACUGCAUUAUUAGACACUUAUGUGAAAACAGGAAGUACUGAUGAGGCUGCAAAAGUUUUUGAAGAGAUUGAGGAGAAGGAUAUUAUUGCAUGGUCUGCUAUGUUAUCUGGUUACGCGCAAAAGGGAGACAUUCAAGGCGCUGUUAGAGUCUUCCGGCAAUUAGUCAAAAAUGGGGUCAGGCCAAAUGAGUUUACCUUCUCCAGUGUCAUUAAUGCGUGUGUUACUUCCAUGGCAUCAGUGGAGCAAGGAAAACAAUUUCAUGGAAGCGCGAUAAAAUCAGGUCAUAGUAAUGCUUUAUGUGUGAGCAGUGCCUUGGUAACUAUGUAUGCUAAGAGAGGAAACAUAGAAAGUGCAAAUGAGAUUUUCAAGAGACAACCAGAAAGAGACUUAGUGUCGUGGAACUCGAUGAUAUCAGGAUAUGCUCAACAUGGUUAUGGCAGAAAAGCUCUAACGAUAUUCGAGGAAAUGAGGAAAAGGAAUUUAGAUAUGGACAAUAUAACGUUCAUUGGAGUUAUCUCUGCUUGUACUCAUGCAGGACUGCUAAAUGAAGGCCAAAAAUAUUUUGACAUGAUGGUAAACAACUUUCAUAUUUCACCAAAAAUGGAGAUAUACUCUUGCAUGGUAGAUUUGUAUAGCCGAGCUGGGAUGCUGGAUAAAGCCAUGGCUCUUAUCAAUAAAAUGCCAUUUCCUGCUGGUGCAAUUGUGUGGCGUACUCUUCUGGCAGCAAGUCGAGUUCAUCGCAAUGUAGAACUUGGGAAACUUGCGGCUGAGAAUCUCAUUUCUCUUCAGCCUCAGGACUCAGCUGCAUACGUUCUUCUAUCCAAUCUCUAUGCUGCAACUGGAGAUUGGCAAGAAAGAGCAAAAGUAAGGAAACUAAUGGAUGUGAGAGAAGUUAAAAAAGAGAUUGGGUAUAGCUGGAUUGAGGUUAAGAACAAGACCUACUCAUUCAUGGCAGGUGAUGUUUCACAUCCCCAAUCUGACAGUAUAUACAUGAAACUUGAUGAGUUAAGUGGUCAAUUGAAGGAUGCAGGAUAUCAACCGGAUACAAAUUAUGUUCUUCAUGACGUGGAAGAUGAACAUAAAGAAGCCAUUCUCUCCCGGCACAGUGAAAGAUUAGCUAUUGCUUUUGGAUUAAUUGCCACAUCUCCGGGAAUUCCCAUUCAGAUUGUGAAGAAUCUCAGAGUAUGUGGUGACUGUCACACUGUGAUUAAACUAAUAUCGAAGAUAGAAGGAAGGGAAAUCAUCGUCAGGGAUUCAAACAGAUUCCAUCACUUUAAAGGAGGUCUAUGCUCUUGUGGUGAUUAUUGGUGAACUCAAGCUCUUCGAAAUGACUAAUAGAUAGAAGCAUAUCAUUGUUGGUGCCUGUACAAGCAAAGGCUCCAUUACCUAAUGGUUGCAGUUAGUUACCAGUCUCCAGAUAAUACCAUCACUAAUGGUUGUUAUGUUCAGGGAUGCAAGCUUUGAUAGUGCAUGAUCAAGA